AUGUCGUUCAACUUCAAAUGGCCCACCUUCUCGGAUGACUUCCACACGAGCGCGGCACAGAUGCUCAACAGCGCGCUCAAUCGUGGUCCCAAACCCAAAGUCAUCGCCGAUGAUAUCCUGGUCGAAGAGCUCGGCAUGGGCACCAUCCCGCCCGAGCUCGAAAUCCUCGAGAUUGGCGACCUAGGCACCGACCGCUUCCGUGGUAUCUUCCGACUCACGUAUGCUGGCGACGCGCAUCUCGUUCUCAAGACCAAGGUGCAGGCCAACCCCCUCUCCAAACCGAAUCGACCCGACAUCGGCCUCUUUCCUUCUUCCAAUGCUUCUAGAGGUAUCCUCUUCGCCGCAGCACCACUUGUCGUACCCAUGCACCUGCGACUCUCCUCCGUGAAGCUGCGAGCCAUCGUCGUGCUCGUCGUAUCCAAGGCAAAGGGCAUCACGCUCGUCUUCAAGAAUGACCCGCUCGAGAGCGUCGAGGUGAGCUCCACCUUUGACAGCGUCGCAGUCAUCCAAAAGUACCUGCAGCAAGAGAUUGAGGGACAGCUUCGCGAAAUGUUCCGCGAAGACCUGCCCGGCAUCAUUCACAGACUGAGCCAAAAGUGGCUCAGCGGCGAGGUCAAGUCGGAGAAGGAUAACGCCAAACAGAAGGCCGAGGCAGAGACGUCGUCUGCGCGGUCGAAAGAGCCCUCGCUCACUCGGUCUACCAGCGCACCUCUGCCCAUCACCGAAACCGCUCCGGAAGGCACGCCGCGGCGAAUGCGUUCCAAAAGCAAACUGAGCAGCAAAGCGGCUGGCAGCGUGGCUGGAUCGGCCACGUCGCCAACACGUUCGUCCAGCCGGUCACCUCAAAAGCCACGCGCGACGCGCCGACCCGGUCACGUUGCGAAAGCGGCAUCCACCUCAGCUGCUCUGCUGCACGCCGAGACUCCUGCCUCACAUGCGUCGCCCUUCGAUGCAGCCUUCCCCGAUAUCGAGAACUACGACCCGACGUACGGCCUGCGUCCUGAUGACCUGCCCAUCCACAGCGGGUUCUCGGGGCUGGGCCGCCUGGCGCAACGAGGUCUUGGCGGUCUCAAGGAUCUCACGGGUUCUCCUGACUUGGGCGCGAGCAACACAGCAGACAAGCCCGACGUCCAUCUCGACGGCACUGCAAUGUUCGACGACUAUGACAGGCAAUCUGACGAAGACGCUCUGCAGGAAGAGCAGGAGCAAGAUCUUUCGGGGAGCUCGCCAGAAGACGACCGCCCUGAAGACGAUGUGACAACCGACUCGGAUCUCGAAGCAACUUCUGACGAUGUUGGCGAUGAUGUCUCGGAUCUCGACGAGCAAGAGAGAGCCAGUCUGGUGGAUACUUCCCUCGACUAUUCUCGGUUCGGCUACCCUCCAGCGUCAGCUGCCUUCUCCGACACGCACGAGCUCAAUCGAGCUUCUUCGAUCAUCUUUGAUGACCAGCCCCAGCUCUCGACAAAGCGCAGCAAGCGUGCUCUGACGAGCGUUCGAAGGGCAUCCUCGAGCAGGUCCGACAAGUCAUCCAUCGCAGGCCCUUCCAGGAGGAGAGAAGAGCCAGAAGUCAUCUACGAGACCAUUCCGGCCGUAGGAGGAGGCACGAUUACCAGGCCGAGAAUCUAUCACACCGCCAGCAAGGUGCAGCCGCCCGAGGUAGACUGGGACGACGAGGACACUGCGCGGCCAUCUCAAUACGGAGGUACUCCAUCGACAAGAACUGGAGCGACGCGAUUCGGGUCCGACUGGGGCAGCGCCACCAUGGGUGCACAGAGCUCACGCACGAACACGGUGCGAGGCGCGCACGACUCACCACAGCUCGAUGCUGCGUUCGUUUCACGCGACAGCAGCGAGGAGAGCUUGAUCGACCUGCCGCCCGAGUCAAUGCACAGCAGCGAUGCGUCGCGCCAGCCUACGCCUGACGCAGGACCAUCAUCCGGGUCUGGCUCAGAACCGAGGGCAGGUGCAGCACGCCGAGGACCCGCCUCGAUCAGUCGAGAAUCUUCGUAUCGCGACCUUUCGAGUCAAGACCUCCAUUGGGACCACAGUGCCACGAGCACCGCUCCCACAUCGUCUCAGUCGCAAGGCUGGGACACGUACAGCCGUCCUGGUGCUGCAGCUCGCAAUGGUACCGCGAUGGAACUCGGAGAUGCCCAGUCCAAUUCGGGCAUCAAGUUUCGCAAGAACAAAAGCGCCAACCAUGGGCGCUCUCAGACCAUGGGCGGCGGAAGCGAGCGCUCUAGCUUUGCUGCUCAGAGGCCGGGAGAGGGAGCGGGAAUGGCAGCCACGCCGGCACGACACCGGGCGUCAGCUGUCGCUCGACCAGGAUUCAUCACCUACGCGACGUCUCCACCUCGCGAAUCGUCGACAUGGCAAAACACUCCGCCCCUGCGUGCUUCGCCGGGUCGGGAUGCCACCUUGUCGACGUCGCCAGGUGCGGCGCAGGACAUGCUCUCCAUCUCGCCGUUCCGAGACUCUGCCCUGCAUCAUGGUAGCUCUCGAGAUGUCUCUAGCAUGGGCGGAGUCUUUACCAGCGCGAGCAACAGUCCGCAAAAGGCUGGGCAGAGCAAGAGUGCCCAAGGUCCAGGUGCCGCCCCGACGCAUUUGUCCAUCGACGCCUCGGCUCACUUUCUGGACCUGGUCAACUCGAACCACACCCUGAGCCCGUUCACGAGGAACAUGGAGCAUUUCACGGUGCGAAGCGCGCCGGUGACGCCUGGUUGGCAGACGACAUCCGGCAGCGCCAGUGCUGUAGGAAGCAGCGCUGCGAGCGGAACAGGCACCACGAGUGGCAGCUCCCAGACUGGGGCUCGGCACAAGACUAGGCAUGGUGAUGGCAAGACGAGCUCCAGACAGCCCGCUAGCAGUCACGGUGGCUCUGUCCUGGCGCAUCACACCGCUCCUCCUGGUCCAUCGACCGCCUUGCCUGCGCGACGACGCCGCACCUUCCAGCUGGGAGGCUCGAGCUCGUCGGCCAACGCCGCUGCGUCUCCAUCCAAGGCUCAAUCCCAGCGCGAGGAGUUACCUUCCGACAGCGUCGCAUCAGACGAGCUCGGCUUUGCUCCCUAUGCAGGCUCGGGCGUCAAACCUUUCCGCGCUCCCGCAUCUUCAGCUUCGGAUGCGUCGUCCAAAGGUAAUCGAUCGGGCAUCAAGGAUCUGCGCAGGAGAAGCCGACCAGGAUCGAUGGGUCCGCCCUCCGAGGCCGCGCGGAUGAGCGCGCUUCGUUGGGAAGCCAUUCGUGAAUAG